CUACCAAGAGGGACAAAUCGUUGUAGUAGAGUGGAGAAGCUGCUUCUACGCAGCUCCUGAGACCCGAUUCAGAAAGACAAGCAACACAAAGGGGAGUUGAAACAUGGCAUACCUGCUUAUGUUUGUGACCCUGCUGCACCUCAUCACACUGGCAAUUCUGUUCAUUGCUACUAUGGAGAAGUCCUGGUGGGUGUGGGAUGGCUUGGAGAACUCCGACCUAUGGUACAACUGUAGGUUCGACAACUUCACGGAAACCUGGUUGUGUGCAUCCUCCAGAGAAACUGAGUGGCUGAAGGCAGUGCAGGUCCUGAUGGUAAUCUCGGUGGUCUUCUCCUCUGUGUCCUUCUUGGUGUUCCUGGGUCAACUCUUCACCAUGUCUAAGGGUGGACUCUUCUACUUCACUGGGCUGUGUCAAGUCUUUGCAGGGCUGACCGCCUUUUCUGCAGCUCUUAUUUACACAUUACACAAAAAGGAAAUUCUUCAGGACUCCAGAGAACUGACAUCCGGACACUUUGGCUACUGCUUCAUCCUGGCUUGGGUGUGUGUCCCCUUGUUGCUGUGUAGCGGGGUCAUAUACAUCCACUUGCGUAAGAAAGAAUGACCCGAAAAGGGGAAACAACUAUGUUUUUGUGGGUUGUUUAUUUUUUUAUGGCUAAAAUAAAUAUUGACUUGUUGUUAAUCAGAAAUGUGUGUUGCAGGAGCCACAAAUGCCUAUGCCAUCAUUAUUGCUCAGGCGUUUUGGUUGAUUUGCUAAUGUUGUUAUGGUCUCAGUGUGUAUUGUUUUCCCUUUCGCAAAUGUUGAAUCCUCAAUAUCAUUCCAAAAUAUAAUGCACACUUUGUUUUUUAAGACAUGUUUACUAUCAUAGAUCUUGUUGUCCUGUAUUGAUGAAGGAAGGUACAUACCAAAGCAGUGUUGUCUAUUUUUUUUAAUAGUGUUGCAGGUCUUAUUAGGCAUUUAAAUAACUUUUGAUAGCCCAUAGAGCAAGCUGAACAUGUAUAUAUUUUUGUACCUGAAGCUAUUAAGAAUAUAUUAAGUAUAGCUGCUUUAAAUAAUUAUCACACAAAGAAACAGAAUGUGUGUGUGUUGUUAUCUACAGCAUCCGCAGUUGUUUUCAUUUCAUACAAUAAAAUGCACAUUUGAUACCAAAUAAAGACAUAAUUUGAUCAUAUUAACCAAAC